AUGCACACCCCUGCGCAAGAGAGUAUCUAUCCAGAUCAAGAUUUUGGAUACUCAAACGGCCAUCCCGCGCUGCAUUCCAAAUGCACAAAGAGAACAGACUCGUGGUCUGUACCGGGGUCCGACGCCUCGAGCUUGCGUCAUAACGCCGCCUCGGCACCCGCGCCUUCGCCCCUUGUGAUUCCGCAGUACAUGGGCGCGCCACCUUUUUCCGCACGCGCGCCACCGAAGCGCACCAUGACCGACGAUGCACAGGACGCAUUUACGCGCCCCAUGAACGUAGAAUGGACCGAUGACAACAUGUUUGGCUGGCCUUCUGUGCCGCGCACGCAAGUUGCGCGUCCGAAUGUGCGGGGUGGCGAUCCAUUCCAUGCGCCGACACUUCCGACAAUGGGCUCUAUUCACCGCGCACAGACGAUAGACACGAUCGGGAUUGAUGCUCAGCUCCCGGGUGCAGGCACAUUUGCUUCCGGUGGUUUUGGCCUUCCGGGCGGCGCAUCUCCUCUGAACGAAGAAUGGUCACCCGGCCUGAUGAACAAGUCGUUCGAGUGGGGCCCACGCGGUCGCGAGGCAAAGCCACCGUGGCUUGCGCGCCGCGCUGCGACCGUGUCGCGCCCUGCGCGCAGCGAAUUCAGCAACAACAGUGGCGGCAUUCCAUUGUCCUCGUCGCCCGACGACGACGCCGCGCUUCUGCACCAGCAGCACAAUGCAGAGACUUCUGUUGCGAUUGCGCUUGGAGACGAUGAAAUUGGCGCAAAUAUACGCAAGCUCAGUCUCUCGCCACCCAGGCACGGCGCAGCACCGGUGGAGCAAUCGCUCACACACGAAAUGCGGUCCAUGACGCUUCCUACCGAGUCGGGCAUUCCAUCUGCUGAGCUCUCGAAUCUCUUCAUGCCAGGCGGCAGUGUCAUUGGCUCGCCCAAUGGUAUGCGUAGGAACCCAGGCCGACGGGACGCAUACAACUCGCGUAACAAGUCUGCGCACCCCAUCAGCAGAAAUGCAUUUUCCAGUCCAUUUAAUGCGCACUACGACCUCCGCUCCAGUACAGCCGCAUCGACACCAACAGAGCUCGGUGGCCCAUACUUCUCCCCGCCCUACUCGCCGGACCGCCACACCCUUGCACGCGACGAUGAGAUGCAUUUUGGCACAUUUGCGCAGAUGUCGAGCGGCCCCCUCGAUCAGCCCCAGUACAGGGCGCCUGCCACUGCGCCGCACUCCAGGAACAGUGCUAGCACCGAGUACGAGACACAGGCAUGGUUCGGCGCGCCCGGCACGCUGCGUUUGGGCGAUUUGAAACCCAGUGCGCCACCUUCCCAUGAAGACGAUGGCGAAGCAUGCGCUGCCGCUGAGCUUGCAUCCACGCACCACAGCGCGCCAAACUUUUCGCAAAAAAGCCGCCGCGACCGCUCGCGCGACGCACGGCAGUACAACGAUGCCAACGACGCCAACGCGCGCCGCCAUCCAUUGGGCCGCCGCAACGAGCACUGGCGAGGGCAGUCCAACCAUGACGGUGCCCCUGCUCGACACGCAAACACUCGCAUGGGCCGACACGCAAACACAGACGACACUGCCCACGAACUGCCGCAGCACUUUGCUCUCCAAGAUGUCGUCGGCCACAUGGUCGAGAUCAGCACCGACCAGCACGGCAGCAGGCUGAUCCAGGAGAAACUAGACCACUGCAGCAAAGCAGAGCGCGAUAUGGUGUUCAACGAGCUGUACCCUGAGUCGCGCCACCUCAUGACAGACGUCUUUGGCAACUAUGUAAUCCAGAAAUUGCUCGAGUACGGAAGCCCGAUGCAGGUGCAUGCGCUGGGCGAGAAGCUAAAGGGGUACGUAAUGCCGCUUUCGCUCGGCACCUACGGCUGUCGCGUCGUGCAAAAGGCGUUUGAGCAUGUAUGCAAAGAGCAGAAAAUCAGUCUCGGCCAGGAGCUGGAACCCUACGUGCUCGAUUGUGUGCGCGACCAAAACGCAAACCAUGUAAUCCAGAAAAUCUUGGAGCAGGUCCCGAGCGAGCAUCUCGACUUUAUCAGCACUGCCUUCCGCGGCCACGUUCCUGCGCUUGCAUCGCACUGCUACUCUUGCCGUGUGCUGCAGCGCAUCUUUGCCUACUGCAGCGAGGAACAGCGCAGGCCUUUGCUCGAUGAAAUGCACAAGGACACGCUGCGUCUGAUGCAAGACCAGUAUGGGAACUACGUGAUUCAGUGGGUUCUCCAGCGUGGCGAGAACCGCGAUCGGGCCGAGAUCGUGCAAUGGACAAAGCGCCACCUGCUCCAGCUUGCGCGGCACAAAUUUGCGUCGAACGUGGUCGAGCAUGUGAUCCAGGUCGCCAGUCCGCAGGAUCUGCAAGACUUGCAGGAUGAGCUGUUUGCACCGACCAACGCGGCCAGCUUGAACGGCGUUCUCCUUUUGCCGGAAGGCACGCGGCAUUGUGUAGCGACGGUGAUGAUGCAGGACCAGUAUGCCAACUAUGUCUUGCAGCGGUUCCUUCAGACUGUCCAGGGCGAGGGACGAAAGCGGCUGAUUGCGACCAUCAGCCCAGCACUGCAAGCGCUGCGCCAAAUGGCGGUCCCCGCUUCGGGGUCCGGUGGUAGUAUACCUCACGCUGGCUCAGUCCGUCUCCCUGGUGGAGGCCAUAUCGGCUCGAAACCACUGCUUACUAUUGAACGUUUGAUUGAGCAGGUCUCGACGAACCCGGAAUCAACACCUCACACGCAUCCUCGCUCCGCCAAUACCAGCAAUUAG